AUGCCCGGCGACGUCUCGGUCUACGUGCGCAUCCGGCCGCCGCUCGCGGGCGAGCCCCGGGAGGCCGCGGCGACGGUCCUCAAUAAGGAGACGGUGCGCCUCGAGGUCGCCCGGACCGCGACGGUCUGCGAGCACGGCUGCGACGCCGCGUUCGGCCCGCACGCGUCGCAGGCCGAGCUCUUCGACGGCGUCGCCCGGGACGUCGUGGACGCGGUCCUCGCGGGCGUCGACGGCACCGUCGUCGCCUACGGCCAGACGGGCGCCGGCAAGAGCCACACGCUCGGCGUGCUCGAGGCGCCCGACCACGUCGAGCGCGCCCGGGACGGCGUCGUGCCGCGGGCCCUGCGGCGGCUCUUCGCGGCGCGGCCCGGCGAGGUCGUCAUGUCGUUCCUGGAGAUCUACGACGAGCGCGUGCGGGACCUGCUGGCGCCGCCGCGCGACGCGGCGGAGGUCGAGCGGCGGAGGCACGACGAGGCGUUCAGCGCCAAGGCGCCGCGGCCCGCCGACAUCGUAGAGGGCCUGCCCGUGCGCGAGAAUACACGAGGCGGCUUCGAGGUCGAGGGGCUCCGGGCCUACGCGGCGCGCGACCUCGCGGAGGCGCUGGACCUCGUCGCCUACGGCCUGCGGCGGCGCGCGACGGCCGCCACGAAACUCAACGCGACGUCGUCGCGCUCGCACACGAUCCUCGUCGUCGACGCGGGCGGCGCGGCGCUGCGGGUCGUCGACCUCGCGGGCAGCGAGCGCAACCGCGUCUCCGGCAGCCGGGGCGUACGGCUGCGCGAGGCCCGGGCCAUCAACGCGAGCCUCGCGGCCCUCGGCAACGUCGUCGCGGCGCUCGCCGACGGCGCGGCGCACGUCCCCUUCCGCGACUCCGUCCUGACGAAAUUAUUGAGGGACGCGCUCGGCGUGCCCGGCGCGCGCACGGCCCUCGUCGCCGCGCUCGCGCCGGGCCGCGCCGCGGCGGCCGAGUCCGCGUCGACGCUGCGCUUCGCGAGCCGCUGCGCGCGCGUCCGCCUGCGCGCCGUCCGGCGCCUCGACCUCGCGCCGGACGAGCAGCUCGAGCGCGCGACGCGGCGCGUCCGCGAGCUCGAGGCGGCGGCGGCGGCGGCGCCCGCCGCUGGGGACCUCGCCGCGACGGCCUGCGCCGUCGCGGCAGCCGCGCGGGUGGCGGCGGCCGGCGGCGGCGCCGGGGCCGUCCGCGACGCCUUCGCCGUGGCGCGCGCCGGCCGGCGGCCCGACGCGCGGCGCGCCGAGGCCGCCCUGCGGGCCGAGGCCCUGCCGGCGCUCGAGGCGCUCGCCGCCGCGCGCGCCGAGGCGGACUCGUGGACCUCGGUCCUCCAGCACCUCGUGGACGCGAACGCGGCGCUCCGGAAGCGGCUCGGCGCGCAAGACGACGACGACGACUCCAACGACGACGACCUCGGGGAGUACUCGCAGCUCGACGACGUCUCCCGCGUGCCUGUUAAUGUAGCUAUGGAGUGA